AUGGAGCUGUUUUAUGGUGACAAAAAUGACAUCACAGGAGCCAUUUUGGAAUUCUGGAUAACACUGACUUUGAAAUGUAACUUGGGACUCGUGUUCACUUCAAGAUACCUUCGGGAACAAGAGCAGGCGAUUGAGGAGUACACAGUGGCAGCUGGAACCAGGGAGAAGCUGAUGAGUGGAAACCCCUUUUGUUGCCUGAAGGUUAAAGGCUUCGGACUCACUUCAACUCCCAGGAUCCCGUUGAAACUGAAAAGUGGAUGUGAGACCCCAGGAGCAAAUCAUAACCAAAGACGUGUUCCUGACUUUCUUUCUGUGAAGACCUUGGAUAAGAAUCCUUUCUCCAUCAACACUCCAAACCCUAUCCUGCCAUCUGCUGCCAGUGUCCAGCUCGCUCAACUCCAGGCUCAGCUCACUCUACAGCGGCUCAAAUUCGCUCAGUCAGCUGUGAACAGUAACACGGCUGCUGCCACUGUCCUGAGUCAGGUCCUCAACAAAGUUGCUAUGUCCCAGCCACUAUUUAACACAUUAAGGUCCCCAUCGCUGAUCAAUGCUACUCACGGACAAGCUGGAACCCCACAGCUUGGGCCUGGCAUUUCAGCCCCCGGGAUGCCACCUGGUGGACUCUCUUACGCGUCACAAACUCCGGGAUUACCCCCUUUGGUGGCAGGAGGCAUCGGCCAAGGUGGAAACUUACAGCCUCAAAGUGCAGGCCCAAUCGGACUGAGUCCUUUUGCAGGAAUAGUCUCACAGCCAUCUACGCAUCCAGCUGCAGUUAUAAAUCUGAGCAAGACUGUCUCCUCACACCCUCCUGGUGGCUUUUCUGAAUAUACUAGAGAUUUCUCCAAUAAGACAAUGCAAGAUGAGGCGAUCUGCGCUCAGGGAUUUCCUCAGUUUGGUUUCACUGGAGAUAUGGCCAAUGUACUUUCUGCUAACCUUGCCUCAGGGAAUCCAGUUAAAGGACAGCACUCUGGUUUUCAGCGUGAUUUCCAGACUUCACAAGGACAGCCCAUGUGUCGAGUGCAGGCUCCAGGUUAUUUAGGAGAAAUGAAUACUUGUGGCUUCCCACAGAAACCCGAGGGUCCUCAUCAAGUCAACCCGACUGGAAAUUCCCAGAAUCCAGUAACCUGGGCACCCGAUCAAUGGCAGACUGCUUCACAAUUCCUCCAUCCCAACAGGCCUGAGUUUACAGCUCAGGCAUCAAAUCUGUGGCCAUCGAAAAGUCAACAAUUGCAAAUGAGAAAUGACCUGUAUAACCCAGAGGAGCCAACGUCUGAAGGAAAGGUCAAUAUUGGCUGCCCAUCUCCUUUUGACAGGUUCAACCAGAACAGUCGGAACUUCACAGGUGCCCAGUUCAAUCAAAGUGACAAGCAACUGCACAGCACCUUCCACCAACAGGUCCCAGACAGACACAUCCUGCCUCAUGAACUGAAUGACUUCCAUGGCUUAGUGCCUUCACAGCUGCCCCACGUCUGCUCAAUAUGUGACAAGAAAGUCUUUAACCUAAAGGAUUGGGAACAUCAUGUGAAUGGAAAGCAUCACAUCCAGAACUGUACCCUCUUCUCUGAAAAUUCAGGCAUUGGGUUAACGCAUUUGACAAGAUCAACAAAUGGAGGAGUCAAUUCGUGCUUGAUUUUGAAUCCUUCCGACCUUCCACCGGACAAUAAUCAAUCUCAACUGAGGACAUUUUCCCAACCAAGCCAUGGAUUCACUUCCACAUCCUCAGGGUCAAAGAUGUUUCCACAACGGAAGCCUGGACCGAGCCGAGUUGUUCACAUCUGUAAUCUUCCUGAAGGAAGCUGCACAGAGAAUGACGUCAUUAAUCUUGGACUCCCGUUUGGAAAAGUCACCAACUAUAUCCUCAUGAGAGCCACAAACCAGGCCUUUUUGGAGAUGGCAUAUCAUGAGGCAGCUCAGGCAAUGGUGCAGUUCUAUCAACAGAAACCUCCAGCUAUCAAUGAGCAGCAACUGCUUGUCCGCAUGUCCAAACAAUACAAGGAACUCAAGCUGAAGAAACCAGGAAAGGACGUUGACUCAAUCAUCAAUGAUAUUAAUUCUCAGAAGGAGAGGGAAAUGCACAAAGAGUGGAACAGUUACAGAUUGGAAAGGCCCCGUUCCCGUAGCCCCCUCACUCGGUGUCUCAGUCCCAGGAGGGGAUCUCACAGCCCGAGCCUGACAUCGUGUCCUUCCUCCCAGCGUUCAUCGGUGAGUCCCCGGGGGGAGCGCGACACCACAACCGACAGGAAAGGAUCACAGGAUUACCUCCCUCAUAAAAGACGAGAGGAGGAAAAAGCCGAAUCCACUGCAAAGGUUCAUUGUGACCUGCACCGAGAGGGACCUGACAGGUGGGCCUAUGACAGAAAACAAUAUUUAAAACCAACUGGACGAUCUAGCCCAAAGUCAUUGAAUGACAGAGGAGAUGGAUACCAAGGACAUAAAGAUAAAUAUGCCAAAUCCAGCUUCCAAAACCCAAAUCCUUCUCAGUCCAAGUACAGAGUCCGAAAUGAAGAGGAUUUUAGAAAAGAACAAAAGCUAAAAUCAGGAAGAAGCCAGCGGCCGAAAGGGAAAGAUGGUGAGCUACAUCUGAAAACAGGCCUGAGAGCAACUGCAGGCACUCGCAAUCAGGGCAAUGACAAGGGGGAACAAGACAGUCAGGUCUCACCAGCGCACACUGACACAAUCCACCUCACCCUCGAGGAAGCUGAACAGGGGGAACAAAAGGAUGCAACGUCCGACAGUGAGGUGAACGAAGAAGAUGGUCAAUGUUCUCAGAAACAAUCUCCAUCAUCACACAGCAGCAGAGAAUCACCAGAUCGAGAACUUGAAAGAAACAUGAAGGAGCAGAGUGGAUCUUGGGAAAGUGGAAGUGAAGCUGAAGCAGAUGCUUGGUAUUCUGGAAACAUGGAAGAGUUUGUAACAGUGGACGAGGUGGGAGAAGAAGAGGAUCGUGUGAUGGAGGUAUCUGAGACCACGGAGAAUGUUUGUAACAUAGAGCCAGGUAAUGAAGACCCAGUAACAACUGAGAGAACCCCUUACUGUGACCAUCACAGUGAUGAUCAUUGCAGGACGUCACUCGAGGAGCUGAGUGUAAUGAGCCCAACUCUGUCUCCAGACAACCACCAGAUGAAAGUGGAAUCUACAAGUCAUCUUCAACUUACAUCUAGUCCAACGAAUGAAACUGAACAGAAUCUGAGAUCUAAGUUUACCCAACCAGAAAGCCCUGUGAAUUGUAGAAACUGUGAAACAGACCAAGGAUUGAGUGACAGUGCGUCGAAGGGCUGUUUGAGCCCAGAGACCCCGUGCACAGUUGAUCCACCUGAUGAAGCUGAUGAAAAGGUCCAGGAAGAAUGCUUUUCUGAGGAAGUACCGGAAACCCAGGGAGCUGACCAAUCAGUGUCCGGUUUCAGGAGAAACAGUGUGGAAACAGAUGAACUCAAGAAAGAGACUUCAGAAGUAUUUAAUAAAGAUUCAGAAAACUCCAGCCAGUCCCUUGCAGAGUCAGCUAGCAGCCAUCAACACUUAACAAAUCUACAACAACCUCCAUUACCAUGGGAAAACGCCAAUGUCUUCUGCAAUCUUAGUAUCCCGUUAGGGGUUGAAUUUGUGGAAGCUCGAACAGGAUUUUACUGCAAGCUCUGUGGCCUCUUUUACAUCACUGAGGAAGCAGCAAAGAGCAGUCAUUGCCGGAGUACUGUACAUUAUAAGAAUCUGCAGAAAUACCUAUCGCAGUUAGCUGAAGAAAGCCUGAAGGAAGGUGAAAAAGCCAGUAGUUCUGGAGCAGAGGAGGAAGUUGGGAUCAUGCCACAGUUUGAAAAUAAAAAAUCGAGUCCAUCCUGAACAUCCAGCUCGGAUUAAACCUGAGAGGCUCCGAUAUCAAGGAACUAAUGGAACCAAAAGCUUAGUUCUUAACAAUCAUGUUCCAGAAUGUGAUACAUCAGUGCCACACGAAGCUAAGGAAGGAUUGAUAGUCAGAGAAAGUGAGAGAGAGAGAAAGGGAGAUGGUCCUUUCAACUAUUGUGGUACUUUAGAAACAUAUCUUUAUCCUUAUUCUUCAUUGACCAGACAAAUCAUAUUCAGGGAA